GCAAAAUUCACACGUUUUCUUGGCGUUGUUUGUCGUCCGGCGUUACAUUUUUUAUGGUUUACAAAUAAUUUUUGAUUAUUGUAAUGUAAAAUGUAACGUAGGACUUGUGUUUUUAUAAAAUAAUAAGUUUUGUCCAAUUUCGACCGGAAAGUAAUCAAAAUCAUGUAGGCGCAAAAUUAAUAAAAAAAUGUAUGCAAUAGCUCUAACAAAAACUCCCAAAUGACAAUACCAAUAGAAAAUUAUAAAUAAAUGGAUUGCACAUAAAUAAAAAUGGCUUCAAGCACGCCCAAAACAGAUUCAAACUGGAGUAUCCUUAAAUUGACCACAAUAGACUUGGUUGGUGGGAUUUAUUGUAACAUUUGCAAUGAAACAUUUGGAAACAAAAGGGAAUAUGACGCUCAUUAUAUUAAACAUACAGGAAAUAAAGACAUUCUGUACACUUGUGUGAUAUGUCGGAAAGAGGUUGCGGGCUAUCCUAGCUUCCGAGGCCACUGUUAUACCAGCCAUGUCAUCAAGGGACGAUACAAAUGCGAUAGCUGUGAAAAAUUCUUCUCCAAACUGCCAGCACUUCAGUAUCAUGUCAAAAUUAUGCAUCCAAAGAGUUUUCGAUGCUCCACAUGCAAAAAGAAGUUUCCUACAAAGAAAGAGUUGCGUUUGCACGAAGUCAUACACACGGACAGCACUGGUCCAAUCUCAUGCGUGUCAUGUCAAAAAGAUAUCAGCUCGAUGGAUAUAUGCAAGAAACAUGUCGAUCAACACUUGUCGUUCAUAUACACGUGCCCAAUUUGUGAGGAAAAUAUACCGUCGAAAGAAAACUCAGCGGAUCACCUGAGAAAACACUUUGGUAACGUCAGCUCAGACACAGAGGUGGAUGUGGACCCGGAUGAAAUGAUAGAACAGCUCGGGGCGGUGUCUUGUAUAUUCUGUUCGAUGAUUUGUAAGAAUCGUGUGGAGUUCGACGCGCACUUCUCGUGCGAACACGGCGACGAAGAUAUCGUGUACUCUUGUAUCGUGUGCGGGAGGCAGUUCGACAAAUACUCAUUGUUCCGUGCGCAUAUUAACAACCACUUCACGAACAAUCGAUUUGAAUGCGACGUGUGCCACGCGUCGUACCCGCGGCUGGCGGCGCUCGUGUCGCACAUGGCGGCGUGCGCGGCGGGCGGGGGCGGGGGCGGGGGGGCGGGCGGCGCGGGCGGGCGGCGCGCCAAGCUGUUCGCGUGCCCGCGCUGCUCGCACCGCUACGGCACGGAGCCGCGCCUGCGCGACCACCUGCGCGCCGCGCACGCGCUGCACGCGCGCCGCUGUCUCGAGCCGGCCUGCGGGAAAGUUUUCGACAAACUUCGCGACAUGGUGGUGCACCAACGCCAGCACCACUCCAACAUACAGAACUGGUGCCGCCAGUGUGGCCAGCUGUUCACCUCGCUAGUUUCCUGCGAGCAGCACCUCGACGUCCACAAGAAGACCAUCUUCCCCUGCCCCGUCUGCAACAAGAGCUACGGAGAGAAAUAUCUCCUCUUCAGACAUCUGCCGCAACACUUCGAAACGGUCCUGCACCUGUGCAAAGUCUGUGGAAAAGUCUACAACGCCAAAAAUCGUCUAAUCGAACAUUUAAACUCGCAUUCGGAUACCAAAAUUCACAGUUGCACCUACUGUCCCAAGACGUUCCCCAAAUUGUGGGCGCUGCAACAGCAUCUCAACACGCACACGGGGUUGAAGCCUAACAAGUGUCAAAUAUGCGAUAAAGCCUUCUCGAGCUAUCCCAAUUGGCGCAAGCACAUGUUGCGAUUGCAUACAGUCAGCUCGCAGAGAUCGAUUGAAAUAGACGAGAAAAACUCGAGGAACAACGAAAAUAACGCUGUCAAAUUUCAUUUCAAUGAGGGUAGUCCAGUGAAAUCCGUAACAGAUAACCCCGCAGUUGUAAACAAUACAGUCAUUCAGAAUAGAGAUAACUGGGAUGAAUUCGUGUUCUACGACCAAGAUGACUCCGAGAUCAGUAUGGAGUCGGAGAGCAUUGAUCAAGUUAUCGAAAAGGAAUUACAGUUGUUUGGGAGCCAAGAGCAGAACACGGAUUAUAAGACUAUGCCGAUUGAUAUACCACUUGCCUGUCCACCAGAAACAACGUCAAGCAUCCUCCAAUCAGAAGCCAUCGUCCCGCUGGAGUACGGGCCUGAGUUCAGUUCCACCAACCUGGACGAGUACAUUCUGCCACACAUCGACCCAUUGCUCACUAUUAGGAAUGACCAGGUACUCCCCACACAAGAGACGGACUACAUGGCAAUCGAGAGCGACCUGCAAACAACGAAGGCCACCAGGUUCUCAGAGCUGGAGACCAGCUUCGACCACAAGUGGGAACCGCCCAUGAUCACUAAGGUGUUCCCCGACUACUACAGCUAUGAUGAGGCAAGCCGGAUAACUGUUAAUGCGGAUAUAUUUUAAUCAGUUGUUGUUUAUAGUCGGAACGGUCUUCGUCGGUACGUGCUGUUGUUAUGUUGUGGUGCUACAGAUUCCAUAGAUUAUAGAUCCAUAGAUUAUACUAGGUUAUGUUGUUGGGAAGUCUUUUUUUUUUUUUUUUUUGUAAUACUAAAUACAUAUACAAUAGAGUAUGUUAUCAUUAUAGACACAGUGUGAGGAUACUUUUUAUACAUGUUGUUCAAUUUACAGUACAAUAGACUUUUAAUAGAUACCAUUUGUGUUAGGCCCUUGAUGUUUUAUUGAUUAUUUUAACAUAUUUUAUAGCGACCAGUUAUAGUUGUUUAUACUUGUUGUAAUCCGCAUCCAUAUAAUAAGAAAUAUUACUGCCAUUUUAUAUCGAUUGUUGUUAAUAUAUUAAAUAGUAAUAUAAUACUAUACCACUGCCAUGCACUUGUUACGAAUAUCCGUGAGACCGAACAGAGAUCGUUUCGACCCAUCCAUAUAGCUACCUCAUGCAGUAACACUGUACCUCACUAAUCUAUGUAUUAUUGUAUUUUAUAAUAUACAUUUUUAACAUAUAUCCCACCAGACUAAGACAUAUAUAUACAUAUAGAAUUACGCUACCUCAUUUAAUUUAAGUAUUUCGCUUUGCACCUUUAAAAUAAUAUAAAAAAAACAUUCGAAAAAAUUACACAAAAUUGUGUUGUAUAAAAAAUGUAUGGAAUUUUUUGUCUCGCGUGAAAGUCGAGAGUGAGUGCUUUGUAUUUUGAGUUUUUUUUAUUGAUUUUUUAUGUUUUCGCUCGAUGUGACGAUACUCGGUUUUUUAAAAGAUAAAAAAAAAUAACAAAAAAAAGCUUUGGUACUGUUUGUAAUAAGAAAAUAAUAGGAAAAAAUCUAAAUAAUAUAAGUAAUAUUGUAACAGAUAUAAAAAAAAAUUCAGUGUCAUGUUGUACAAAAUGCCUCUGUAGCAAAAUCGUGUCAUCUCGCUUUAACUUACGUGUCGUGCAUGCUUAGAGCGAGAUGGCAUGAUUGUUUAUAACAAACAUCAAACUACAAAGUUGCGUUUUGGUACUCCGUCUCUUUCUGGCCCCUUUCCAAUGAGUGGUUUAGAGAGAGACGCAACUAGGUGUAUAAGUUGCACGGCGGUCAGUCAAGCGAAAACCUUAAGGCAUAAUUUCCAAAGUGUUUAGGCUAAGUAUCUUUGGUGGAAAAGCUUUUGUAUAUAUUUGGUACGUUUUACGGCACUUUUAAUCUGCAUUUUAAUUAUUGCUUUAGUUGAUGACGUCGCUGGUCCAACGAGAACUAAUUAUUUAUGUGUCCUAUACAAAUAUUUUACUUCGUGCCAAAUUUCUAAUCUUAGUUUUAAGUGGGGAUUUGAUGUUCUCAAACAUUCAACGAAUAAUUUUAUUUUAUAAUAUAACAUUUUUUAUCGACUCGUUUGUCAGUCAUUACUUCAUUAUAUAGCUGAGGCUCCAUGGACGAAGGCGGUGAAGAAAUAUCGAAUUUUCUCGAACCAGCGGCGGUAUUUUCGUGCAUUUCAAUUUCGAUUCCUUUUUUAUUAUAAUUUUAUUGAAAGUUGCGAUGCAAAGCGUCGUGAUUUUAGUGUAAGUGAAUCGAUAGUGCUGUGAUAUUUUUAUGUAUAUUUAGUGGUUUAAGUGUAGGGAGUGAGUACAAAUACGUACGAUCGGCAUCCGUAUCGCGUCUCGGUUCUAUUACAAUAUCGAAUUUAGAUCGCAGCCCCUUCGAAUAUGCUGUCCGGAAUAAGGACGCAUCCACCUUUACGCAUAUGGUCUUCAUCGACAACUAUCUUUACUUAAAUGUAACUGAAAGGAAGAUUUCUCAAGCCAUGUGCGCUCAAAAUUCUGAAAAAUAAUACUACAAAUUAGCCUGCAAACCUGCAAGGCAGUAAGAGAUACAAAGGAAAAAAAAUAUUAUAUAAGAGGAAUUUAACUCCGAAAUAUAUUUUCGAGAGAGUAAUUAUUUACAAAUAUACGGCAAAGGAGUCUUAGUGGUAAUCGUAUCCAAAGACUGUAAUGUAUUUAUAAGUUCCGCGAACUUAAGUGAAAAUCGGUGUGAAAAAUAUGUCAGAUGUGCGAAAAAUAUCAAAUCAUACGAUGUAGCUUGAAUAUUGGCUUGAAAGGUACAGACGCAAGACACCUGGCGGUCGUCGAGGGGCGGGUACUGACUGUUUGUGACAGUGUUACAGAUCCACGGAAGACAGCUUGUGGAGUAUUUUUGUAUUCAGAAAUAACGUUUGACCUUUUAUGGUGAGAUCUACGUGAAUUUGUAAUACUUUGUCGAAGAAAGAGUCUCUGAAGAACUCUCCGUGUUGGUUGAGAACUAUAUCUAAAAAGUAGAUAUUGAUUGCUAUUUAGCAGCUAGUGUCCAAUGCUUGGUGGACACGUGUAUCUUCCCCACGUACGAUCGCAGGCUGUAAUCGAGAUAACAAAUCUGGUGUUAAACGAUUCGACAUACGCAUGAGCCAUACGCCAUGCUUCUAAAAAUUACAAAAUUCAAAACUUCUCGAACAUUCGAUGCGUCGAUUUCGAAAAGUUUCCAAAGCUGCGCUGUGAGGAAGUUCAUUUUUAUGAAUAAACAGCGCAGUACUGUAGCUUAACAAAAUGCACUGCGGCGUUUACUGUAAAAAAAAGAAAAAAAAAAGCGUUUAGAUUGUCUGUGUUUUGUGCGAUUUGUCAUUUCGAAAUUUAAAAUUAUGGACUCAAUUAAAUAGCUAAAUAAAACUCGACGUCGCGGUGUAUUUUGUCCAUUGCGACAGUUAGGCUCGGUUUCACUGGGCAAAGAGUUUGCGUAUGAUUUAUCUGUGGUACUUUUGGUGAGCAAUUUCGAUGACUAUUACUUGAUUUGUUGAUUCGAUGCAAACAGGCAAGCGGCAUUUUACUGUUGUAUAGAAAGUCAUAGUAGAAGUCUAUGUAUCGUUAUUGGGGUUCAAUUUUGCGUGUAAAUUAUACACCAUCUGAUUGCUUUGGCUCCGCCUAUAUUGUGAUAAUUGACAUGCAAAAUUGAACUUUACUUCUACCCAAACAGAUUCGUUAUUGUAGAAGCCGCUGCGUUGCGUCAAAACGGUACCGAAGGACGCGUUAUGUAUGGAUAAGAUUUCGAAGUCUUAAUAAACGGUUUUGGGCUCGUGAAGUAAAUAUCCGCAAACUUUUUGGCCAGUGGGAUCGCGCCGCAGAUAGCUUACAUACAUGAUGUUAGUUAUAUACCUCAAUGUAAUAGUACUUAUGCAAAAUUAUCUUAUAUUCAUUAUAGACUUACCGUUUCUAUGUGUAUUUCGUCGCAAAGGGAACAAGGUGGUAUGAAAUUUUUCAUUAUAUAUAUUAUAGUAUGGUAUAUACAGGUAUUAUAUUGUUUAUCUGAUAUAUAUUUUUGAUAUGAUUACUUGUUAUUGUGUUAAGUAAUAUAAAAUAGAUUAUAUUUUAGAGUUUACACUUCGAACAAGGCCUCAAGUUGUAUAAUUAAGUUGUUUAUUGAACAGAAAUAUUUGUAUCGUUCUUUGUCUUAGUGACAAAUUCACAUAUUUUAAUGACAACACUGUAAUUAUGAAUAUAGAUAUUGUUAAAUACGAGAAGCACCAAAACCAGUGACCCAACGUUAAUACAUAGUUUAAAUUGUGCAUGUUAAUUUACUGUUUUAAUAUAUUGGGCUAAAACUAGACUUGUAACAAACGGUAUGUGUGGAAUUAUCCUUUGCAUAAAUGAUUGCACCCAUUAAAUAUUUGGACUCUUGCAUAAUAUAUCAUCAAGUCAAAAUAUCUUUAAAACUAUUUUCCCUUACCCCAGAUUAGUUCUAAAAUACUCUUAUAAAAAGUACCUACUAGGCCGUUACUUUAGUUAAGUUCCGAUACCUCAUAGUGAUUUGGCUCCAUAAAUGUAUGAGAAAUUCUAAAUUGUAACCUUUGCGACCAUAAAUGUCCCUAGCUCUUAGGUAUUAGGUUAGAAUCGAUCACAGGGUAUUGUGGUUCUAUUUUACGGAUGUGUUAUAAACCUCGAUAUGUAAGCGUUGCCUCCGAUCAGGUCGGUUCACAAUACUACCCCAAUACCCGCCACGUGUAAUAAAUUAGUCGACUAAAUCUGUGUAACAUUAAGGUCCGGACCGGGUUUACGAGCUAUGUGCGUUUAUCGUUUGUUAGUGUGAUUAGGGCAGGAUUCAUGGAUUGGCUGUAUAAAUAAGACAAUAUCUCUGGAAGAUAAAUUAGGUUGGUGUUUGGGAGGAUAUAGUCAUUCUAGUCUUGGAUAGAACGAGAUUUUCGUGAUUUAGUAAAGAAGAGGACUGUGUUUUGCUGUUUGGUCUAUUUUUAGUUCUGUUCAUAUCAACUCAUAUGAUGGUCAAUUGAAGGGAGAUUUGGAAAACUUCUGGAAUUGUAGCAUACUUGCCUCGUCAAACCCGGUCUCAGCGUAUACAUGUAGUAAGCAGUUUUUUUUAAUUAUACAUAGAGCUUCUAAAUUAUCGCAUAAUAAGUGUAAGAUUUUUCAAUUAUUGUGUCGAAUCUAAUUUUAUGUCAUUUUAUUUGUAGUCCUUGUCUUUGGAUUAAAAAUGUCUUAUUGCAUAAUACUAAGGUACCUAUACAAAGAUAUUUUCAAAUUUUUCUAAGCUCUUUAUUGGCAUAAUAUUUAAUAAAGGACUACUUCGGUGUUUUAAUGAUAUUCAAUAUUCAUGUUUUAAAAUAGAUUUCGAAAUUGUAAAUAGGUGUCUCUGUUUUGUGUAACCUCCUUCCGUGAACUAUAAAUUUAAGCUUAAUGUUCCAAAUACUGUAAAGCGCGGUCUAUUAUAAAUUAUAAUAAUUAAUAAUCAGUUAUGAUUUAUAUUCGAUAUUUAUUUUUUAAAUACCACGAGUCAAGUGGGCUUUUUUUUUUACGACGCUGAUUAUUGCUUUUUGGUGUUUUAUUUUUGACGAUAAUUUUUCGCUAUUUUUUAUAAUUAUUUUAUUUUGUGUUGUUUUAUUGUAUGUUGUUGCUAAGCGACGCUCAAAUUAAGAAAAAUAACAGAGACGUCGUUUGGCGGACGUUAAUUACACCGUGUUUAUCUCGAAUAAGGUACUGUCAAUAUGAGCUACCAUUUCAAAGCUUCUUAACAAUGUGAUAAAAUGCCACAUUAUAAAGAGAUUGGAGACGAUGGCAGAUUAUGGUUGCUAGUUUUGUCGGUGACAAGAAAAUUGCCAACUGCAAACCUAUGGUGCUUUCCAGUUUUAUAUGGUCAUCGGCAAAUAACUUGACAUUAAUGGACCCGACUACGCAUUUACGGAGACCCAUAUACUUUUCCUUACCCUUCCCAGUCCCUUCCUCUAUCCCUCCUCCUUCCUCCCUUAAACCCUUUCCAAUUUAUAGUCGGCAAUCUAUUUGUAGAGGCGUAAAGUCUGCAAUCGACCCUACGCCUCUCCAAAUGUUCAUGGGCGGUGGUAGCGCUUACCAUCAGGCGACCCACCAGCUCCAUCGCCGACGAUGACAUAAAAAACUGAAAUUUCGCGUUUUGUUAUAAGUCGACUCGUUGCUACAGUAACCUCUGCGAAGUCACCAUCCAUUUCAAUGUCCAAGAUAUUUGCGGAGAAUCUAUAAGCUACCAAUGACGCCCAUAUUAUCCUAAUCUCCAUAGACGGAUCGCAAACAGCUUUACAGUAUAGUUACUACGUAUCGAACUACCUCCGCAGUAAUGCAUGCCUCCAUUAUUACACUAAAUAUAGUUUUGUUAUAUUUUAUACGUUAUCAGAUAAUAUAGGAGCAUAGGUUUACAUGGUUAUUAUGAAUGUAUGCAUGUUUUCAGUUAAUGUAGGAAACUCAAUCUGAAAUGUAUGAACCAUAUUUGACGUAAUAAACAAUCUGGCUAGA